AUGAUGAGCGAUUAUGAAGUGACAAUGGCAGGAGAUUCAAUGGCAGAGUUUUUUGUUAAAUUUCACGGACCUAAAGAUAGCCCAUACCACGGAGGAUCAUGGAAAGUAAGAGUCGAAUUACCACCAAACUAUCCUUACAAAUCACCAUCAAUUGGUUUUAUAAAUAAAAUUUAUCAUCCAAAUGUAGAUUUAGCCUCUGGAUCAGUAUGUUUAGAUGUUAUUAAUCAAACAUGGUCACCAAUGUUUGAUCUUAUUAAUAUAUUUGAAAUUUUUCUUCCUCAACUUUUAUUAUAUCCAAAUCCAACAGAUCCAUUAAAUGGAGAAGCUGCAUCAAUGCUUUUAAAAGAACCAGAAAGAUAUAAAAUGAGAGUUAAAGAAUUUGUUUCAAAAUAUGCUUCAGAAAAUGCUCAAAACGAAGAAAGUGAUUCAGAGAGUGAUCUCAGUUCAUAUUCAGACUCUUCUGAUAAAGAUGACGAUGAUGAUGAUGACGAUGACGACAAAGAUGAAAAGUUUCCUAUAGAUGAUUUGUAA